UCUCGGAAUUUCAGAGAUGGUGUACUGCGCUUGCGCCAUGGUGUUUGAAACGUGAUUUCUCUAAGACCUCGGUCGCUGCAGUCGUGUGAAAAGGUGCACCAGUGAACCGAGCCCAGCUGGACCGGAAUCGAGCAGGACUCUUUUCUUUUUGACAUAUCUCACAAACUACUGUUUUAUCUUAGUUUAGUUCCCUCGUUUUUACCCAUUUUCCACGGUCUCCCCAUUAAUUAAUUCUGAGUCACAAUCAUGUCGACCAAGGAAGACAAGCCUGCAGAAAUCAAGUCCAGUUGGAAAGACUCUAUCUACAAUCCACGCACAGGAGAGUUCAUUGGACGAACCGCCAGCAGUUGGGCUCUCAUCUUUGUGUUCUACCUGGUAUUCUAUGGCUUCCUGGCUGGCUUCUUCACUCUCACCAUGUGGGUGAUGCUACAGACUCUGAGUGACGAUGUACCCAAAUACCGCGACAGAGUUCCCAGUCCAGGUGUGGUGAUCCGGCCCAGGAAUCUGGACAUCUCGUUCAACCGCACCAAUCCCCUCGAGUACGCCGGCUACGUCAAGCACCUGGAGACCUUACUGCAGCAGUACAACGACACGAUUCAGGAGAAGAACGAGCUGUGCAUGGUGAACGAGUACACUGACCAGGACGAGGUGAAGGAGAAGAAGGUGUGCCAGUUCAAGCGUAGCCUGCUGCGGCAGUGCUCCGGCCUGGCUGACACCACCUUCGGCUACGCUGAGGGCAAGCCCUGCAUCCUGGUCAAGAUGAACAGGAUUAUUGGGCUGAAACCGCGAGGAGAGCCCUAUGUCAACUGCACAGCAAAGAGAGACACCCCUCUACAGGUGUCUUAUUACCCCCCUGAGGGAAAGAUUGACAAGAUGUACUUCCCGUAUUAUGGCAAACAAUUACAUCCCAACUACGUGCAGCCCCUGGUAGGCGUGAAGCUGCACCUGGCCAAGGAGGACUACAACACGGAGAUCGCGGUGGAGUGCAAGGUGGAGGGCUCCAACCUGAAGAACGACGACGACCGCGACAAGUUCCUGGGCCGCGUCACGUUCCGGAUCAAGGUGUCCGAGUAGACGCCCCCCCCCCCCCGCGCUCCACCUGCCGCUCCGACCCACCACCCCCACCCGCCCUCUCCCAGCCCUACCCGCCCGCUGCCCGACCAGCACAAUGGCACAAUGCCCAGCCUCGUGCAUUUCCAUAGCAACUGCCCCGCUCACGCCAUCCACACCACAUACGUAUACCCUCCCCUCCCCUCUACACACACACACACACACACACACACACACACAAUCCUUGCCCCUCCAUACACUACCACCUCUACCACCCACCACACUGGCUCUUCCUGACCGUGUACCUGAAAGGGUCAGGACAAGAGGGCACGUGGGCUAAUCACACCGUUUCAGUAGCAUGGGGUGUGCUUCCAGGUCAAAGGUCAUUCCCCACCCCACCUUUAUCUUCUCACGUAUUACUCUACUACUCGCUCUGCCUGCCAUCACACCCUUCACUCUCUACACACACACACACACACACACACUAUCUUAGCCAGAACGAACAGAGAAGCAAAACAAACAAUACACUGUAUCAAAAAAAGCAGAUGAUCAAGAAGCAAAAACAAGAAGUAAAAAGCACACACCUCCACUAUCACUCACCCCACCAUCCCCCCACCAAUCCCUCGUCCCAGUAAGUGAGAGCCUAGCGACAUCGUGCCAUACUAGCGACUUGUAAAUAGGCGUAUCAAAGCUAUGAGUUUGAUGUGGUCUUCUCUCCUGUAGUACUGUGUAGCCUGCUGUGUGUGUCCGUGAGUGUGCUGUGUUGUAUUCCUCUAUGUACAUAUUAAUGGAUUUAAAAAAGAAAGAAAUACACUGUAUCCCCUCCUUAAUCCUAUAUCUCACUGAUGUCUGACCGCUGUAAGAAAUCAAGAGUUAAGAAAUAAUAAAAAUAGCUGUAAGUAAAGAUUAUUGAUAAUUAAAAUAUAUUAAAAGAAAAAAAUUCCAAAAAAAUGUAUCAACCUUGUUCAUCCCCUUGGUCCAACAUGUGGGGAAAGGGAUUUUUUUUUUUACCUCUGCAAGAAAUGUAAUCUCUGCAGAUGCCUUAAGAUCUGUAAGAAAAAAAUCUUGAAAUAAAGGUGAUUUUAAACAAA